CAUUAGCGGAAGUUAAAAACCCAAUAUGGCGGCCUCCUGGAAAUUGGAAGUUUAUUAAACACAAAUAUUGUUAAAUCCAUCUAAUUUCUUGUACAAUCACUUCAACUUUGUGUUGAUACUUAUUAAAAUAACAUCAAUGUGUAUGAUGCAUCACGUUUAAUCCUUUAAGGAAGCUAUAUAAUAAAGUAUGAUGGCCACUCUUAAAGACAACAAAGAUGUGGCUUGUUAUUUCAUCACCAAACAUUCAUGGAAAGGGAAAUAUAAAAGAAUAUUUUCAGUUGGAACUCAUGGAAUCACCACAUAUAAUCCAGCCACAUUUGCUGUGACUAAUCAGUGGGCUUAUAAUGAGUUCAUUAGCAUUGUCCCCAACACUAAAGCAGUCAACAACCAAGAGUUCAUCAUUUCCAUGAAGAAGGGAGCUAAGAAGACUGACUCCAUGAAAUUUUCCACAGACCACAGAGCAGAUCUUUUAACUGAGGCUUUGCGAUUCCGUGACCAGUUUGCAGAUGCCUCCAGUUUUACACCUAGGAGGUUUAACUGCUUCAAGCACCAUUGGUCAGAAAAUCGGGUGCCUGUGAUUCUGGAGGUUAAUCAGGGCUCCCUGGAUCAAGUUGAACCAGCCACAAACAAGAAAUUAUGUUCUUAUGACUACAAAGAUAUCGAAGGCCUACAAUUGCUUUCUGAUUACCCUGGGGGUGUGGCUGUAGUAUAUGGAGGCUUCAGCAGGAUGCACUUGUUUGCGCUAGAGCAAAGAGAUGAGUUGUGUAAAGCCAUAGCGGAGGCGAGUGCAGCUUAUGUCGGAGUCUUCAUUCGAGCCAGGAAAGAGACUAUUACGCUGGAACAUUUUCAGACUCAGCGCCUGGGCAAGUACAGCACUGAUGAAGCAGUCACAUCCUAUGCAGAGUUCACAGUUCAGAAAGUCUCCAUUCGGCACCCAGACAGUGUACGGAGGACACUUUGCUUAACAGAGACUUGUUUGGUAGAGCGUGACCCGGCCACUUACAACAUAUGCACGUGUAAACCUUUGUGCGAUGUAUUUGCAAUCAACCGUGAUGCUGAGAAUCCACAGAAGUUCAGCGUAGAGUAUGUGAAAGGGGCCAUACGUACAUAUCUUUCAACUGACAGAGAUUCUCUGAUAGCCUCAGUAUUGGAUGGUGUCAGGGCAUCAGGCAACAGAGAUGUUUGUGUCAAGAUGCAUAAAACUCCCAGAGGAUACAGGUUAGGACCAUUUUCAGUUCCAGUGGAUGAGGAAGUGGAGGCAACUCAGCUCAAGUCCUUACAGUCUCUACCUGAGGGUAUGAGCUUCAAUGAGGCAGUGUAUAGAUUUAAUGCCAAUGUUUCCUAUAGUGGCCUGCUCCAUGCAGUUACUGCUGAGGGUCUGUUUGCUCAAAACAAAGAGAAGCUGAUUAACUUAGCCCUCCAGUCAUUGAUAGAGAGAGAAGGUGACCAAGAGAAGGUGUCCAAUGAGUGUCUGGAGGCCCAGUUCCAUGCAUUGAGACGACUGGUGGCAUCUAAAGCUGGAUAUCAAGGCUUUACAGAGAUACCAAAAAUGAGAGAGAAGGUGGGACUCAAGGUCAUCAAAGCUUUAAAAAGGAAAGAUGAUGCAAUAACUCAUGCUGCUCUGGAUAUGCUGUGUGCACUGAUGCAGCCCAUGCAUGACAACUAUGACCUUAGGCAGGAACAGCUGAACAAAACCUCUCUGAUGUCCUCUCGCAAGUUUCUGGAGAGUCUGCUGGAGAUGUUCAAUGAACAUGUGGUGCAUGGUACUGGAGCACUGGUGAUAGCAGCCAUGCUGGAUUUCUUGACCUUUGCCUUGUGUGCCCCCUACAGUGAGACAACAGAUGGGACUCAGUUUGACACUCUCCUAGAGAUGGUGGCUGCUAAUGGACGUGUAGUAUUCAAACUCUUUCAGCAUCCAUCUAUGGCUAUAGUGAAAGGAGCUGGCCUAGUGAUGAAAGCUAUUAUUGAGGAAGGUGAUGCUGAGAUAGCAGCCAAGAUGCAAGACCUGGCCCUGUCAGAGGGGGCCCUGCCCAAACAUCUUCACACUGCAAUGUUUACUCAGAGCACUGAUAGUAGGAUGUUGACAAACAGACAACUAAGUCGACAUCUAGUAGGUCUCUGGAUCACUGGACACCCAACAGCAAUGGGACUGUUAAAAAGAAUAUUGCCCACUGGCCUGAUGCUGUACCUUGACUCUAGUGAUGAUGUCCCAGUCACAGAGACAGACAGGCUGCAUAUAAGAGACAAUGUAAAGUUAGCUCAGGAUCACUUCAAUAAAAACAAACGCAAUCAACAACUGCUUAUACUAGAGAAAAAAAUAGAUAAUUUACUUCAGCAUUGGAGAGCUCGAAUAGGGUUAGAUAAUAAACAGCAACAGAAUGAGAAACCUAUUGUUUUAAGGAAAAGACGUCAGAGAAUCAAAAGUGAAGCUAACUGGUCUUUGUUUUAUUAUCAAUUUAAUCAGGACCAUGCUAAGCCCAACCUGAUCUGGAAUUACAAGACUAGAGAGGAACUGAGAGAGAGCUUAGAGAAUGAGAUCAGAGCAUUUAAUGUGGACAAGGAGCUGGGAGCCACCUUUAUUGUGGGCUGGAACCACACUGAGUUUGAAGUGCCCUACCAUUGCCUCGCUGAUGAAAUCAAAAUAGGGGACUAUUAUCUCAGACUUCUAUUAGAAGAAGAUGAUGAUGAGGCUAGUGAAGAGACAAGUGCAAUAAAAAAAUCCUAUGAAUUUUUCAAUGAUUUGUACCAUCGAUUUCUUCUGACACCAAAAGUCAACAUGAAAUGUAUGUGUCUUCAAGCCAUGGCCAUUGUGUAUGGCAGAUGUCAUGAGGAGAUUGGGGCUUUCAAUGAUACCAGAUACAUUGUGGGCAUGUUGGACAGAUGCACUGACAAGCUAGAACGAGAUAGGCUGAUACUCUUUCUGAACAAGCUCAUCCUGAACCAAAGAAAUGUGAAAGAGAUCAUGGAUGCCAAUGGAGUCAAGACAUUGGUGGACUUGCUGACCAUUGCCCACUUGCACACAACCAGAGCAACAGUUCCUUUGCAGACCAAUGUUAUAGAGGCUGCUCCAGACAUGGAGAGAGAGAGUGAGAAGGAGUGGUACUAUGGCAACAAGGAGAAAGAAAGAUUAGGUCCAUUCAGUUAUCAGGAGAUGAAAGCAUUCUAUGAAGACGGCACUGUGCACGCCAAGACAAGAUGUUGGGCCCAGGGUAUGGAUGGCUGGAGGCCGCUGCAGUCAGUGCCCCAGCUGAAGUGGAUGCUGCUAGCCACUGGUCAGGCUGUGAUGAACGAGACAGAUAUGGCCACCCUUAUACUCAACAUGCUCAUCAAAAUGGCAGAAUAUUAUCCUAGUCGGGACUCUGAUGGUGCUAUUAUUAGACCUCUGCCAAGAAUCAAAAGACUUUUAUCUGAUGCAACAUGUCUACCUCACAUUGUUCAGUUACUGCUUACCUUUGACCCAGUUCUUGUGGAGAAGGUGGCCACCUUGCUGUACCUAAUCAUGCAGGACAACCCAGGGAUAUCUAGGCUUUAUUUGUCAGGUGUUUUCUUCUUUAUCAUGAUGUACACAGGCUCCAAUGUGCUGCCUGUGGCCAGGUUCCUUAAGUACACCCACCUAAAGCAGGCUUUUAGAUCAGAAGAGAACACAACAUCAGACAUCCUAGCUCGCAGUGUCUUAGGUCCUAUUCUACCCGAGGCCAUGGUCUGUUAUCUUGAGAACUAUUCAGCUGAGAAAUUUGCUCAGAUAUUCCUUGGAGAGUUUGACACACCUGAAGCCAUAUGGAACAAUGAAAUGAGACGAAUGAUGAUAGAAAAGAUAGCAUCUCACUUGGCAGACUUCUCCCCACGUCUUCAAAGCAACACCAGAGCCCUGUAUCAGUAUUGUCCAAUCCCAUCCAUCAACUACCCACAACUCAGCAAUGAGCUCUUCUGUAACAUUUAUUACUUAAAGCAUCUCUGCGACACAAACCGCUUCCCAGACUGGCCAAUCAAAGACCCGGUGCGUUUACUGAAAGACAUUUUAGAUGCUUGGAAGAAGGAGGUUGAGAAGAAACCACCCACCAUGUCCUUAGAAGAAGCAUACAAUGUUCUUAACCUGGCUAAGGGCGCUGGAGGCCAUGAUGAAGCUAAGAUACGUAAAGCAUACUUCAAGAUGGCCAGAGACUACCAUCCUGAUAAAAACCCAGAAGGAAGAGAAAUGUUUGAGCAAGUGAACAAAGCCUAUGAGUUUCUAUGCAGCAAAACCAAGGUGAAGGACGGGCCUGACCCUCAAAACAUUGUCCUGAUUUUGAAAGCCCAGAGCAUCCUUUUCAGCAGAUACAAAGAUGAGCUACAGCCCUACAAGUAUGCUGGCUAUCCAAUGUUGAUCAAGACUAUCAGAAUGGAGACGAAUGAUGACCAGCUGUUCAGUAAGUCAGCACCACUCCUCUCAGCUGCGGCUGAGCUGGCCUUCCAUACAGUCAACUGUUCUGCUUUGAAUGCUGAGGAGUUACGCAGAGAGAAUGGCAUUCAGGUUCUCCAAGAUGCUUUCUCUAGAUGUGUGAAUGUUUUGAACAUGUCCAGCAAGCAGGAUGAGACAGCAGUUACUGUGUGUACUUACAUAGCCAAGUGCUACUCUGUGGCUGCACAGUUUGAAGGGUGUAGAGAAAAGAUUCAAGAGUGUUCAGCUAUUAUCAAAGACUUGUGUCGUAUUCUGUAUUAUAAGAAUUUGCCCAAGUUGUGUGCUGUUGUGUGCGAGUGUGUGAGUGCCUUCUGUGUAGACUUCUGGCUUCAGACAAAUCUCUUCCAGUCUGGAGUACUCUGGCACCUCUUACUUUACCUCUUCAACUAUGACUACACUUUGGAGGAAGGUGGAGUGGAAAAAAGUCAGGAGAGUAACCAACAGGAAGUUGCUAAUUACCUGGCCAAGAUGAGCGUAGUAGCAUGUGGUAGAUUGGCAGGAUUCUGUAGCACUGAGAGUGAGCUGUCCACACCUGACAAUCCCUCUGUCAAGAAAUCCCUUUACUCCCUGCUCACCCCGUACCUGGCUAGAAAGUUGUCCAAUGAAAGUCCUGUGGAGUUUGCUGCGGGUAAUAGAGCCGAGGCGCUACUGAAAAUCCUUAACAGCAAUACAGAGAAUCCAUACCUGAUGUGGGACAAUGCCACCAGAGCACAGCUUUGUGAAUAUCUCGGUGACCAACAGCAGAGAAUAAUUAGGACGGGUGAAUGUGAUCCAAGUUACGGCUCCACUUUUGUAUUUGAGAUUCACAGCAAGGAGCUGGUUGUAGGGGAAAUAUUUGUCAGGAUAUUCAAUGAGCAGCCAACAUUUGUACUAGAGAAUCCUAAAGGUUUUACAAUAGACUUGUUAGACUUUCUGGGAUCUCAGGCUCAAUAUCUUCAUUCCGUGCUCAUGACCCAACAGCAGCAGUUGGCCAACCCUAGCACUGAACAGCUGGACAGGCUGACUAAGAUAGAGAUGGCUCUGGAAGCUCUGAGAAAUAUCAUCAAAGCUAGUCCUGGCGUGGAGAUCCAAUGUAUUGGACACUUCAAGCUACUGUUUGCAUUCCUACGUAUGGAUCAGUUCACUAGAUUACAACAGUUCACUAUCGAAGUCAUAAACUGUGUGACUGCUAACCAAGAAUGUGUCAAAGACAUCGCCGCAGCGGAAGUUUUGGGAUACUUACUCUUCUCUUUACAAAGUGUUUCAUCAUGUCGCCUGCUCAGUUUAGACAGCCUGUUUGCCCUCAUGUCAAAUACAAAGAUUGUUAAAGAAGCCAUGUCUAAAGGUUGCCUGAUUUACCUACUGGAUCUCUUUUGCAACUCCACUAACCCUGUGGUCAGAGAGAAGACAGCUGAGCUCUUUGCCAAGAUGUUGUCCGACAAGCUGGUGGGACCUAAAGUACGAAUUUUGCUCAAUAAAUUUUUGCCUCCAAUUUUCAUGGAUGCCAUGAGAGACUCAGCCGAGGCUUCUGUACAUAUGUUUGAAGGUACUCAUGAAAAUCCUGAGUUGAUAUGGAAUGAUGAGGCUAGAGAAAAAGUGUGUAGCACGGUGAAUAAACUGAGAGAAAAGCACUGUCAGGCUCAAAAGGAGGAUGCCAAUGCCAAGUGGAACAUGCAGGAGGACUUUGAGGUGGUCUAUUCUGACGUCCAGGGAGAGAUGGUGGUGGGCGGAGUUUUCUUGCGCCUGUUUAUUGCCAACCCAGCAUGGGUCCUCAGGCGGCCCAAGGAAUUUUUAACAGAGCUUUUGGAAAACUGGACCAAAGUGACCCAGGCUGGCAACUGUAAUACAGAGGAGCUAGAAACACUGACCACCGCUAUUGUCUGUCUGUUUCAAUCAAACAACCCUCUGCUGGACCAGGUUCCUUCACUUGGCUACAUUCCUCGGGUUGUCGCUGCCAUGAGCUCAAAGAACACAGCUGUGCCCAGGUCGGGCAUCCAAGUCUUUCACCAGCUGGCUAAUAGUGAGCUCUGCAUCAGAAGUCUGGCCACAGUUGACUGUAUUAACCCAUUGAAGACAGCCAUGAAGAUCAGAAAGGAUGCUAUUGGUCUCGCAGCUGAAGCCUUGUACAAGAUGUUUGAGAAAGGGGAAGACGAGCUUGUACAACAGGCUUUGUCAGCAGACUUGAUUCCAUAUCUGUUGAAACUUCUGGAGGGGGGCCUUGAGGCCAUGGACAACCCAGCUUCCACCAAAGCUCAGAUAGUCAAAGCCCUAAAAGCUAUGCAGAGGAGCUUAGCUCAUGGGGAAAAGGUGACAGAAAUCUUGGACAAGUCCCCUGUCUGGAGGGACUACAAGGACCAGAGACAUGACCUGUUUAUCACUGACACCAACAUUGCUGGCUAUCUGACCGGUCCAACAGGGCCCAGUGUGGCUGGCUACUUAACAGCAGGAACCAUGAGAUCAACGAUGCCUGACGCCCCGCCACCCGUCGACAGAGAUCAUCAUGAGGAGCAUCCCAGAAACUCUUCCUUUACAUAAUACAUGCCUCCUAACCCCUCCCCCCCCCCUGCCCAAAUCCUUGUCUCCCCCACCUUCUCCAAUCCUUACCCUUUCAUUUAUUUACUGACAUAAGAAAGACUUUAAAUGCCAAAUUGUGAUGUCAACAAAGGCUCCUCCCACUGACAUGAAAGACUUUAAUGCCAAAUUGUGAUGUCAACAAAGGCUCCUCCUACUGACAUGAAAGACUUUAAAUUCCUAAUUGUGAUGUCAACAAAGGCUCCUCCCUUGUGACAUAGGCACAUCCCAGUCUUAUUUCAGAUGUGUGCGAGUGUUAACUAGCCGCAAAUAAAAGUCUGUAACCUAGUCCAAGUGAUAUGCAGGUUUGACAAUCUGUUAUUGGUAUAAAUGAUGCCCAUUCAUGUAUUUUCUUUGAAUCCUAAGAAAGUGUAAUGUACAAAAUGAUCAGCAUUUUCAUGUUCUGUCUACAUCUUGGCCUUGUGCCUGUCUUUCUUGCUUCCUUUGUGUAUCUUUUUUUUUUUCAUGUGAUACCUGGUCCAGUGUUUGUGACUUGACCAGUGGCAGAUUGAAAGCAUCUGUGGAUUAGAAUUAUUCUAUUGUUCUAAUGUUUACAUGGAAUGAUACUAAUUUAUUGUUAUAAAUUUGACUGGCUGUAUGUUUUGCUCUUUUCCAUUGUGUACAAUUUCAUCGCAGGACCAAAGCCAUUCGGCAUCAAGUAAUUUACAUGUUUAUUUUUCUUACUUAAACUUUUUGUUUUAUUGGCUGACACCUUGUUACAGUUUGUCUCAUGACUGUUUGGAUUCUUGUUCUGAUUUGAUUUAGUGUUAAUACCAUUUUGUUGAAGAAUGAUAGAAGCUGUAAGUCUUGCUUGGUAACAAGCAUUACAUGUUCUUUGGGGGAACUAUCAAAGUUUGAACAAGUCUUCUUCAUAUUGACUUUUUAUCUGUACAUUAAUAGAGAAGAAUGUCUGGACAGAUUCAAUGUACAUAAUUGCUGCUUCACUUAAAUUGAAAGCUAUUGCAAAAAAAAAAAUUUUUUUUUUCAAAUAUGAUUAAUGUAAAUGAUUAUGUGAUGUAUAUGUGCCCUUCUGUUUUCCUAGAACAGUGUUACACGCACAUGUCUCAAGAGAAUUUUUAUUUUCAGUUUUUUAUGAGACCUGUUCAAGAGGUAACCCCUAGUUCAUGAUUCCAUUAUUAGCAGUGGUGCUCUGUAAUCUGAUGCAGAAACACUUUAUAUUUUUUCAAGUCAUUGGGUGUUGGCAUUGUGACUAGAAGAAUUUACAAAUAUUUGAAACACUAGUAUACAAUUAUGUUUAAUUAUCUGAACCAAAUGUAAAAGUCUGGCAAAGUGUAUUGCUGUCUAUCCCAUAGCCAUUGGCAGUCUAGAAGUAGAAUAGUGUUGAUUGGAGACUUUGAUCUUAUGAUCAAUCCAGGAUUUCCUAUAAUGACGUAGCUAUGACAUGCUAGAGUAAACUUCAUUGUAUUACUUAGUUUUGAUCGAGCCUAACUUGGUUAAGUUUUAAAAAAUCACUUUGUCAAGAAAAUUAUUCCCCUUGAAUCUGUCAUUUUGAGCUGAAGAAUUAUUUUUUUUACUCAAUGUCUGCUAUUUCAGCUUAAUACAAGUCACUUUAUAGUUUUGUGUCUACCAUUUUAGUUGUGGUUAAGCAUGGGGUACGUAGUAGCCCAACACCAGCACUCGGACAUGAAGACUGGAGAUGGACACAAUAAUAGAAUACUUUGUAUGAAUUUUAAUGUUUGAGAUUUAAGAUAAAACAAUGUUUUUAUAUGAAAGAUUUUUGAUAUUACUUUGCAAUUAGUGAACAAAGUUUUUGACUAUAUUUUCUGCAAUAUUAAAUGGCUUGCAUAUCAUUCUUAUAUUAUUCUUGUGUCUAGGGUACAUGUGUGUCUGCUGAAUGUGAACAGCUCUCUGUCAAUGGUUAUCUCCCUGUCUUCAAAUACCGAAAUGUCAAGGGGUAGUCACUGGCCAGGUUCCAAUGCUGAACUAUUUCUGGCAAACAGAACAUUCAUGAUUAUGCAUCUAGGUUAAGAGGGGUAGUAAUAAUAGUUGAAGAAUAUUUGUUAGUGUUGCUAUACAAUAUUUCCUGAAAUUCAUUACCUUGUAUCAUCCUAGUCUCAUUCUACCUAUAGUAUACUUUUGGGAUAGACUAGAACAUGAACUUUAAGCUUUAGGCAUAGUACUCGUUUGUUCUUCAAUGUCUUUUAUUGCUGGAUAUUAAUAGUGUAAAGAAUGAAAUAAAGUUUCAUAACUCUUGUUAAUUCUAUUCGCAUUGUUUCAUAAUGAGUUCCGUUCAUUUAUUUAUUUCCACUUCAUAUCUUGUUGAUUGUUUGCUUAAUAUGCAUACAUUGGACUAAAUGAAAUUGUAAGCUGUACUACUAUACCUCUGAGUUCUUUCCCCUGUUUCAUCAAUUCUAUUCUUCAAACUAAAAGUUAUGUGUUCAGCUAUUCUACUACUGUAUCUUGUCCAGUCUAAUUUAGGUUUCUGUGACAAUUCAUUAUUAAACUAUAUUACAUAUUGAAAUAUUUAUUUUUUAUUUAGAAAUAGUUUAUGAUAUGUUAUUUAACCCUCUAGCUUUAUUUGCAAAUAACAGAUGUUUGUUUGUUUUUUAUUUGCCAUAUGCAUUUUUCUUUACAUUUUGAAACAAAAAAAAAGUAUAUGAAUAGAUUUUACUGAAUGAUGUUUUUUUUUUAAAAAAAGAGAUGACUUUAUCCAUAUUGUGGUAAGUUGUUGAGAAGAUGUUUUCUUGAAGAUAUAAGUGAUAUCCCAAAUGUUGACUUCUAGAAGGAUUAUUCUAAUGAUAAUGUUGUUGGUUUAUUGAUUAUGUUUAUUGUAGGUCAAUGAUCAAAUGGCUUGUGUCAAGGAUUCAACUGAUUCAAGUCUGAGUCUUGAAAUUAAAGCAAACUAUUUGUAAUAAUUGAA